GAGACGACGACGUCAUGGACUGUAUCAAAUUGUCAUUCUUGUAGAGAAGCAAAAAUCCUUGGUUUUCAACGGCUACUUAUCCUGAACUUAAAGUUCAAAGCGACCCCGACACCCCCCCCAAGCUGACAAUGGCAAUAACGCUUGCUCAUGCCCACUUCUACAACUCCAACGCACCCGAAGAUGUUUCGCGUAAACAAGUCGAAACGAUGAAAACAAACUGGAAACCCGGGCUUGUAAACAACCCAAAAAUCUCCAAAACAGCUUCGUUUGAUAGGAAUCGAUCGAAUAAUGUAAAGGGUUUGGUUGAACCACGCACUCUUUCGCUCACACGGGCUCUUUCUCAUUUCGUUGACGCUGGGUAUAUUGAACAUGCUCUCUACCUGUUUGAGAAAAUGAACCAUCUCGAUACGUAUAUCUGGAAUGUUAUGAUUAAAGGGUUCACCAAUAAUGGUUUUUUUAGAGAGGCAAUUAAUGUUUAUUGUAGAAUGGGAUAUGAAGGUGUUCGAGCUGAUAAUUUCACUUAUCCGUUUGUUAUCAAGGCGUGUACAGGAUUGUUGUCCUUGAUGGAAGGGCAGAAAGUUCACGCAAAUAUCAUUAAGAUCGGGAUGGAUUUGGAUGUUUACGUUUGUAAUUCACUUAUUAGUAUGUUUGCGAAGAUGGGAUAUAUUGAGCUUGCAGAGAGGGUGUUUGGUGAAAUGCCAGUUAGAGACUUGGUAUCUUGGAACUCUAUGAUUAGCGGAUAUGUUGCUGUUGGGAAUGGUUGGAGCUCAUUGGUUUGUUUCUUUGAAAUGCAGGCACUUGGAAUGAAACCUGACAGAAUUAGCAUGAUCAGCGCACUUGGUGCUUGUUCUCUUGAUUGUUGUCUUCAAAGUGGGAAGGAAAUUCACUGCCGAGUGCUCAGGUGUGGUUUUGAAUUGGAUUACAUGGUUCAGACAUCACUUAUUGACAUGUAUGGCAAAUGUGGUAGGAUGGAUUAUGCAGAGAGGUUGUUUGACAGGAUUUCUCCGAGAAACAUUGUGGCUUGGAAUGCAAUGAUAGGAGGCUAUGCACGAAAUUUUUGUCCUUUUGAUUCAUUUUCUUGCUUGAAAGGGCUGCAAGAUGCCGAUGGCUUGAAUCCUGAUGUAAUCACAAUGAUAAAUGUGCUCCCCUCUUGUGCACAGUUACAGGGUAAAUCUGUCCAUGGCUAUGCCCUUAGAAAAGGUCUUCUUCCUCAUUCAGUCUUGGAAACCGCUUUAGUUGUCAUGUAUGGAGAAUGCGGAGCGUUGAAUCUGGCAGAACGUGUAUUUGGUCAGAUGACUGGAAGUAACCUUAUAUCAUGGAAUGCCAUGCUCGCUGCUUAUGUACAGAAUGGUUGGAACAAUGAGGCCUUGGGUCUAUUUCGAGGUAUUUGGAACCAGCCUUUUAAAUUAGAUGCAUUUACAUUUGCAAGCAUUCUACCAACCUUUUCUGAAUUAGCCUCAUUGAGAGAAGGGAAGCAAAUCCAUGAUUUUAUCAUUAAAUCAGAGCUUGGUACCAAUACCUUCAUCUUGAAUUCAAUUGUUUACAUGUAUGCUAAAUGUGGGGAUUUAGGGACUGCAAGAGAAGUUUUUGAUCGCAUGUUGUAUAAGGAUGUGGUUUCAUGGAAUACGGUCAUUAUGGCACAUGCCAUUCAUGGGUUUGGGAAAUUUUCUGUUCAGUUGUUCUCUAAGAUGAAGGAGAAUGGCUUCAAACCCAAUGAAAGCACCUUUGUUUCCCUGCUAUCAUCUUGUAGCAUUUCUGGUAUGGUUGAUGAAGGGUGGGAAUACUAUAAUUCGAUGAAGAGGGACUACAAUAUCGAUCCUGGAAUAGAGCAUUAUGGCUGUAUGAUUGAUCUUAUUGGCCGCACCAGCAAUCUUGAGCUAGCCAAGAGAUUCAUUGCAGAAAUUCCUUUGGCCCCCACAGCCAGGAUAUGGGGAUCAUUGCUGACUGCAAGCAGAAACAAUGGAAACAUAGAAUUAGCUGAACUUGCUGCUAAGCAUAUACUAUCCCUAGAGCAUGAUAAUACUGGAUGCUAUGUCUUGCUUUCUAAUAUGUAUGCUGAAGCUGGAAGGUGGGGAGAUGUAGAGAGAAUUAAAAUUCAUAUGAUAAAAGAAGGUUUGGAGAGGACGAAGGCAUGCAGUGUGGUCGAAAACAAUGGUAAAACUUGCAGAUUCAUCAACGAAGACAAGUCCCAUGCUGAAACAAACAUGAUUUAUGACGUAUUAGAUACAAUCACGAGGAAGAUAGGAGAAGACAUUUAUGUUCACAGUGUUAGCAAGUUCAGACCAUCAGAAUUGGGAAAGAGAAGAGCAAACUCAUCACAGAAACACAGCGUAAGACUGGCUAUUGCUUUUGGCUUGAUAUCUACUAAGUUGGGAAGCCCUGUUCUUGUAAGAAAGAACACUAGAAUAUGUGAAGCUUGCCACAGUGCUGCAAAGAAGAUUUCAGAGUUUACUAGGAGAGAAAUAAUUGUGGGGGACUCUAAGGUCUUUCACCACUUCAGAGAUGGGCAUUGCUCGUGUAAGGAUUAUUGGUGACUGCAGUUUUGUGUUUCCCCCUUAAAUGAGUGGCGACUGCAGUUUCUGAAAAAACUGGGAAACUAGAGAUACAUGACCAGUUAGAGUCCAUAGAUGUGUUGUAAUAGCAUAAUGAGACAGAAGUUCUAGCUGACAAUGUAUAUUUUCUUUUCCACCAGUCAAUGUAUAUAUUACUUGAAAUAGUUAUACAUUUUAGUUAUGGAGAAUAUAA